CCCAGGUCAAUCCCUUAGUGUAAGCUCACGGACAAGGGAGCAGUCGUUGGUGCAUGCGACUGGUCAGAGAGAAAGCCAGCAUCUCGGGUGAAUCCUCAAGGCACGCCAGUGACCGCCGAAGGGAAGGUCUUACACACCGACCCUGAGGAAUUAAACACAGGCAUAAACAUCCCUAACCCGGUUGGAAUCGACAGAGCAGCCCGUCGAUGGACGCAUAUAAGCUUCGCUCAUCAUUAUAGGGUGUGUGAUGCGUCCUCCAAAGCUCGCCACGGGCCCGGAUGCUUGGCCCUCGUGUCGCACACACGAGGAGGGCACGCAAUGGCUUCGUUUGGAACCCUCACAGCUUGAGGAUGGCUGACGGGGACCAGGCAAAUAGCACCACAAUCCCAUCAACCGAGACGAUGAAAUCGUCACCUGCACACAAAAGGGAAGUCGGACUUUAACACUUCUGAAGUCCACCCCUGGUGGCUGUCGGUAUCUUGUCACCUUCGUUGAUGCGUAUACGAAGAAGAUGGGAGUGCAUCCACUGCCAGAUGGCCGUGAGUCAGUAGUAGCACUGAGACGCCUCUGCGAUGAGGUGGAGACGCUUGAGAUCCUCCGGUCGAGCGAUGGACAGGGGCUGUCGGUUGAACAGACCUGCACAGAGGGAGGCCACAAGCAGAACCCAGUGCACACUACUCAUCGGCACAGCAUAGGAUCGCCAAGCCAGUGAACAGCACGCUGCUUGACAUGGCGAGUGCUCUGAUGAUCGAGCAUCGCAUCGCUGUGGCGUUCUGGUCCUUUGCGAUUACCUUUGGCAGUGCAUCUCUUCAAGCGCAUAUCCACAAACAAUCUGUCACAAAGGACGACACCACACGAGACGUGUGCAAUGUGACAUGAUUGAGGGAUUUACCUGCAUCGGAUGGGAGACGUGGAUGGCUUGGCUGCGUAGUUGUCAGUGAGCCCCGAAGGGCCACGCGCACUCAACCCAGAGCCCAUCCCCAUGAUGCUGCUAGCCAUGGUCAAUGCAGUGGCUCAUGAAUCCAGCAUCCGCAUGGAUGGCGCUGUAUUUGCAAUGACAGAUGCAGCAGCCGCCCCACAAGCUGUUCCGCUGCCUCUCAGACAGUCGGUCAGACGAUAGACGAGGCAAUGUCGAGUGACUCUAUGCUGACGUCGAUGCGAUGGACGCACUGGCGAGACGUUGUCUGCCGAUGGACGUUGUCUGCACAUAGAGAGAGCGGAGCUGCGGCUGAUGCGCGGCCGCACGGCCGGCCAGCUGUCGGUGAGGGGGCUGACUUGACGGAUGAGUAAGUGGAGCACAUGACCGAGAGUGUUCCUCGAAGUGGGGAAGAGCGGCUCGUCGGGACGAUCCGUUGUUGGCACACUCGCUGAGCACUUGGAUCGAAGAGGGGAAGUGAUUGCUCCUGUAGACGAUCCAAUUGCCAUCGAGUAUGCGGCAAUAGAUGGCGUCGAGCUCGGCUUCAAGCCGGUUUUCGUGCCGGAUAAAAAGGCUCUUUCUGCCCCAUAAGAUGGCCGAUCGGGCGAUGAACAACAUGUUGUCGAGCCUCCGUGCUGACACUUAAGAUGUACACGUGCUCGCAAGGUCGUUGUCAUCAGCUGAGAUGCCCGAGGCUGAUGUGCUGUCAUACGUGACGUGUGGCUGGCAUAACGCCGAGACGGCUGAGUGGAUGGAUAAUGCGGGUUGUCUUGAUCGCGGCAAAAGCAAGUCGCCCUCAAUUGAUGCGCAUCAUCCACCUUCAGGCUGCAGGCACCCAACGCACGAACAGCACAUAGCAGAAUGGCUGACGGAUAGCAAGGUUCUACUCGCGCCUGGUCGAUGUGACGAAGCGAGAGAGGCUGUGGCGUUGCUGUGUGGGGGAUAUGGGGAGCGUGACGAAGAGAGAGAGUCGGACGGCAAGAGGGGCAAGAGGGCUGGCACGGAGAUGUGCUGCUUUGCCUGCUUGGCCGCAGAAGAGACUCCCUGCCUCUGACACCACCCACACCUACACUCAGCAGACACAGCAGGAAGCCAAUAGCAAUUCGGUGGCCUGACUAGCGUCAUGCCGGUGCCGAUUUUGUGCAUCCAUCAAAAGCUAUCCAGAAGCCAGAAAUAGCCCCGAUGCAGAAGAGUGGUCUGAAGUGACAGACGCACAACAUCGGACAAUGCACAACUUGGGUGUGUGCGAGGGUUCCUUACGUGAGCUGGAUGCUGAACGAGCGACUCGUGUGAGAAAUGAGUCCUCGAGAAGAAACCAAGGCGACUUGUCGCCAAGGGUUUUAUUGAGCAGCUCCUGCAAACAGAUGACGACAAGCACAGUCGUGCGCUGGUUCUCUCUGAGUGCUCACGGCAUACCUCUUGUUCUCCUUCUCUGAUCGUCAGGCUGUAGGGAAGCGAACCAACGGCUUCCAGCAGCUCUUGACUGCAGACAAGCAGAAGAAGACACCCAUGUGUGACGUUGUCGAUUCCUCGGCAUAUCAAAGUUGGCUGUGAGGCAGCUGACUUGAAGAGGGGCGGUGGUCUCGCGAUGUCUGACGGGCUCAGAGAGGCAACGAAUCUGAGGC